UGUCACGUGACAGAGUCAGAAGCAGGAAGAACAAAAGCACAGCUUGUCAAGUUUCGAUCGCCGUAAUUCAUACUACGGUGGACACACUACUUCGACAUUGUUUCUCCGGCAUCUCUCUGCUCAGCAGUCAGCACAUCUGCCUUCACCUGCUCACCCUCAGCCUGUCCAGGUAUUCUUUAAGGCUGGAUCCAGUGCUGAAACCCUUCACCAAUGAGACACUCUUUGUAGAUCCUAUGUAGACUAUGGUGACUGAAUAGUCAGAGACUAAUGUUCAGGAAAUAAAAGAGUAAAAGGGGAAAGUCCACUCACAUCCUGUGGAGGCCCAACCCACCUUGUCAAACAGGUAUUUUCCUGUCACGUGACAGAGUCAGAAGCAGGAAGAACAAAAGCACAGCUUGUCAAGUUUCGAUCGCCGUAAUUCAUACUACAGUGGACACACUACUUCGACAUUGUUUCUCUGGCAUCUCUCUGCUCAGCAGUCAGCACAUCUGCCUUCACCUGCUCACCCUCAGCCUGUCCAGAUACACUGAAGAAAAGAAAUGAACAUCAACCCACAGUUCCAACCGUCAGCACCCCCACCAGAAACACACUAUAUAAUACAGUGUGUAUUUGACAAUAACCUCAAGAGGCUAAAGAGAUUACUAAAGGAAAACAACAUUAAUGACAUUUACCCGUGCACAGAGUGUAACGACUGCAUAAGCCCACUGACUGCUGCUGUUGUAACUCACAACUGGGACAUUUUUACUUUCCUUUUGCAGCAGGGUGCAGACCCAGACAAUGAUUCGGAACAAGGCCUCACACCUCUGCAUUAUGUCUCAAUGCAUGAUGCACCAAUUGAUUUUGUGGAAACACUGCUUCAGGCGAAAGCAAAUCCAGAUGGAUGGAAUAUUCGUGGACUACAGCCAUUCACGCCGCUGCAAACUGCUGCCAUCAGUGGCAGGGAUGAUGUCAUGAAAAAGCUCAGCUCUGCUGGUGCACUGGUGACACUCUUACCUGACACAGAUCCUGAACAUGUUACUUACAAUGAAAUAAUAUGUCAGAUGGUUCACAAGCUCGCAUCAGAAGGAGAUGAAUUAUCCUGCAAAAUUAGCUACUUCCUGGAUCUGGAAACUGCAAUGCGAAGAAAAACACCUGAAGAAGUGUUAACAACAUUUGACUGCCACAUGUUGGAUGUGAAUCCUCAGACCCAUCUGGCCAUUAUUGAAAUGCUCUUUAAUUUUACUGGGCAAGGUAAAGAAAAAUACAGCAAGGGAAGUGUCAAAUGGCUGAAGGACACUGAAAAUGUCAACACCUACGUUACAGGUGCAGUCAGUCGUCUUCCAAACAUCCGAAAGACUGAAUUAAAGAGAUCAAUUGAUUGUUUGCAUGCAGUUUUCUGUACAAUGGAAGAGAUACCAAAUGAGCAAGCAGUAGCUGUGAUCCCCAAACUGCUGGACAACCUUUGCUCAUUGGUGAAACCCGAUAUAUGUCAAGCUGUUCUGCAAACUCUGUAUGUGAUAACACAGAAAACAAAAGGCACAGAUGGCUGGGAUCGAAGCUUUGUUGAGAAGUUAUGCAUAAAAAUUGCUCCUUUUGUACAGGACAAUCACCCCUCAGAGAUCAGAGUCUUCACAUAUGGUGUAUUUGCAAACUUACUUUCAGUUGAACAUGUGGGUGACAUCUUUACAUCAGUGGGGAUAACUGCAGUGCCUGAGGACAUACUGACGUCUGCAGAAAUGACCAACAAUGACAAGCUGAAAGAAGUUCUCAGACGACUGAACAGUUAUUUCAGCAAACCAAACCAGGAAUGUGAGGACGGUACAGCCUCACCUGGGUCCAAGAAAAAGAUGGAAAAGCAACAAGAACAAGAAGUGUUGACAGACCGAUGGCGACCAACCAGCAUGAGAUGGAAGGAAAAAUUACAGAAGCUGGUCAGCACUGACAGAAGCAGAGCAACCAGAAUUAGGAGCAUGAUUUAUGUGAAUGAUGCGGAGUUCCGCAUAGCGAAAGGCAGUGACGGCACUGAAGUCUUCUUGGGGCUGAGAGAUGAUGGCACUGAGGUCGCUAUCAAGAGAAUGACUAAAAGCAACUAUCAGGAGCUGAAGACUGAAGAGGGAUUUCUACGACUUCCAGAACUUCAAAUUUCGUCCAUUGUACGAUACCUUUACUUUGCAGAGGAUGAGAACUUUGGAUAUCUUUGUCUUCAGCUUUGCGAAGACACCCUGGAAGAAUAUGUCACAAAAGAGUUGAGUUUAGAUAAAGACGACAAUAAGAACGUUAAUAAUAAGAAACUUGUCAAACAGGUUCUGAAGAGUUUAAAGGCGCUUCAUUGUCAUAAUCCACCAAUUUUACAUCGUGAUCUCAAACCACAGAAUGUUUUGAUUGAUGUCACCGGGAGGGCGAGAUUGGCAGAUUUUGGCAUCAGUAGACAGUUAUCCACAGGACAAACAACUUGUCGCACAGGCAGAGCAGGAACUAAAUGCUGGAUGGCCAGGGAGACUUUAACAGGAGAAACUGCCAUAAGAUACAAGCGGAGCACUGACAUACAGGUGGCAGGGAUGUUGAUUUAUUACAUCCUCUCUGGAGGACACCAUCCUUUCGGUGACAUUCCCUUUGAAUGUGAGUACAACAUUCAUAAAGGUUCGUACACGUUGGACCAUGUUGAAGAUGUGGUGGCAAAGGACCUCAUCGAGUGGAUGAUCAGUAAAGAACCAGAGAACAGACCUACAGUGGAGGAAUGCUUGAGUCAUCCCUUCUUCUGGACCACUGAGAGGAGAGUUGAAUACUUGAGAAGGACUGGCAACAGGGAGGAGGUGGCAAAGUAUUCAAAUGCUGCCCCGGAACUGAUUGCUGCAAUGGAACAAUGCGCCAGGGAUGGAUCCUUCAGACAGUGGAAAAGGAAGUUUCCACCAGAGUUGGCCCAGAAGAUGGAGGGCAAGAACAAAGCCUAUCCUGACCACAUACUGGGAUUACUGCGCUUCAUCCGAAACCUUCAUGAGCACUAUGCCAAGGAGGCAGCCCAAGUUGAUUUGAUGUCAGUGUUUCCAGAUCUCUUUGGAUGUGUUUGGAAGUUUGCUAAGACACGAGGGUGGAAUUCGGAGACCCCCUUGAAGGAAUUGUGUUGAAGAGAAGACAUCACCCCCAACGUUUUGAUGUGGUCUACAGAGCAAUUCACACUCCUCAAGGCUCAGCAGUCUCCAGCCAGUGACUUGAAGUGAAGUUAACUUAAAAACAACUACAGACUCGAUCAGUGUUUUUAUACCUUUUCAGGCCUUGGAAUUAUUCCAGACUCUCUUAUAAUAUUGACAGAGAAAUGACACUGACUGAGUCACACAUAUUGUCUGCCUCUUCCCUAUGUGCUUAUAGGCGGUGUCAGAGGCAUUGCUGUUUAAGUUUUCACUAUGUUAGUGCCCAUAUGUACAUGCUAAGACCAAAUCUCCCCUGGUACACCUUUGUGUUGUAUUAAAUUCAUAUACUGAA